AUGUCUGAAGUACAGGGAACACUGGAGUUUUCCGUAGAGUUGCACAAGUUUCACAAUGUGGAUCUCUUUCAAAGAGGGUUCUACCAGGUGCGAGCAGGGCUGAAGGUCUCACCUCGAGUGCCCCACAGGUUGAUAGCGACAACUCGAGACAAUACCGGAGAAUGCAGCUUCAGCUCUGCGGGGGUUUACGACGGCGUUGUGUUCAGCCGGAUAUUCCAGAUCCUUUACAGAAACGAGGAGAUUACAGUGAAUGACUGUAUGCUCUUCAAAGUCCACCUGCUGCUGGAAGGAGAGAAGGUGGAGGAAGCCUUGAGUGAGGUGGACUUUCAGUUGAAGCUGGAUCUUCAUUUCACUGACAAUGAGCAACAGUUGGCAGAGAUACUGACUGUCCCGUUGAUCAGCAGUCGUACACUCAGCCUCCACUUCCACCCGCGGAGAGGCCUCCACCACCACGUCCCCGUCAUGUUCGACUACUUCCACCUCUCCGUCAUUUCCGUCUCCAUACACGCCUCACUGGUUGCCUUACAUCAGCCGCUUAUCAGCUUUGCACGUACAGGGAAGGGCUCCUGGCUGGGGAAGAGCUCGCCAGACAGCGCCAGCGACCCAUCUGCCAUGUCUGUAGAGAACCUUGUGUUCGGAGCUGGCUACUGCAAGCCUGUCAUCUCUGAGGGGAGCUUUUAUGUGCCCAGUGAAGACUGCCUGCAGAGAGCUCAUACGUGGCACCGAAGGCUCUGUCGCCUCCUGUUGGUGGCAAACAGAGGGCUGCACACGUACUACAAUGCACUGAUCAAGGAAAUCCCACAACUCCAGCAGAUUCCACUAAUGUCAGAGGUGCUGCAUGUAGAAGAAACUCUCAACCAGCUCACAAUAGAGUUACAGCUGCAAGAGGGCCACGACAAGGUAGCGGAGCAGAUCAGCAGGGACGUGAGCCAGCUCUGUUCCCAGCUGGCUGCUCUGUGGAGCAGCUUCCUGGAGGCUGCUGUGCUCAACCCCCACAUCCUGUCCUAUCUGGUCCAGGAGCACCACACGCUCAGGGUCAGGAGGUUCUCAGAGGCAUACUUCUUCACUGAACACCCCAAAGAGAUGUCUCUAACCUUUCAAGAGGAACUAAUCAACAGACAUGGCCAGAUAGCUACAGAGGUUCGGAGUUCAGACUACCUGACCAAGAUGCCUCCUCUACCAGUUGAGUGCCUGGACAUCGAUGGGGACUGGAACAGCCUGCCCAUCAUCUUUGAGGACAGAUAUGUUGAGUCUCCUCAAUCAGAGUCGGUCUCACAUGUGCCAAUGACUGCAACUACUGAAACGCGGACCAGAUCAGGUCCAGCAAUCACUUCUUCCAAAAAGAUUUGUGGAAGCAGCCAGGGAGCCAGAUCACCAGCAAUAUCCUUGGAUCCCUUGGACAGUGAUGACUGCAUGGACCUGCCCACAUAUGUCUCCCUUAUAGCAGAGCAGAGUAAGACCUGUCCCAAUAUCAGGAGUAUCCAGAGCCCCAUUCCUCCUGAGGACAGAGCUGAACUCCCUCAAGCAGAGGCAGAAAACGUGAAUGGGCCAACAGAAAAACAAGAUGAAGUUGAAGAGAACUGCAGUCCAGUCCUGGUUGCCACCUCAGGCCACAUCCCACUCACCGUCUCCACUAGCAACAGUGAUGAGACCCCUGUUCUUCAUGGAACAGAAAACACUGUACCACUUUCUGAUGCCACAAAGGAGAGCUAUGCAAGAGAGGAUGAAAACAAUAAAGAGGAGUCUGACAUUGCAAUGCCGUUAAAUCACUCCAUGGAUGGUGAGAGUGAAGACAUCCCUCUCAUCAGCCUGCACCCAGCCUAUGUGCAUCCAGUUACGUCUCCCUUUUCUGGUGAUCUCAGAAAAGAGAUCACUCACCGCGGAGGCGUGGUCGGCUCCAAAAUCAUGAAGCGCUCAUCCUCUGUUAUUUCCGACUCAGGGAUCGAGAGUGAGCCCAGCUCGGUAGCGUGGCCCGUGGAGGCUAGUCUGCAUGGUCGGCCUCCUCUGGACUUCUCCAGUGAACGGGUGUUCCCACAGCAGAUUGUGUGUCGGCACCGGGUCCACCGCAGCUCUCUGGAAGGCCUGCAGAUGCAGAGUAACAGCAGCCUUCCAAGUGCUGGUAUACAGGCCUCACUCACGUCCAUUAGCUCCCUGCCCUAUGAGGAGGACCAGCAGCAGAGGCAGCUCAGCAAACUGACCAAGUCGGUGUCAGCACCACAGAUAAGUAGCCCAGAAGACACAGAGGAGGACCAUGUGCAGCUCAGCCAGGAAGCAGUUACCAAGAGCUUAAUGCAACACCAGGACUCAUGUAAGGUCACCUGCUCUUCUUUGAUAAGCAACCUAGAUUCAGAACAAUCUCUAUUAGACACAAGUGCAGUUAAAAAUCUUGACCAUAUUCUCAAGGAGAGUAUUAGUCUGGAAAAGACAAAUGCAGACACGUGCAGACCCAAGACAGUGGCAAGUGGUGUGUCUGAAGUGUUGGAUCUGCAAGAGUCUGUAGAAAGCCCUCAUGUGAAGGAACGGGCUGUUAUUGGCAGCUAUGGGGAGAAUAUUAAUCUUCAAACACACAUCAGUGAAGUGAGCGCCUCAGUGGAGGAUGUGCAUCUCAUUGAAUCAGAAAGAGUGCCCUGCAGCUGUGGAAACAAACCGUGUGUGCAUGGAAGUGCAGCAGAUCAAGAAAGAAUUGAAACUGGAGAUGAGUGCCACCGGCUCCAUCAGACUGAAGUGCUUACUGUUGAGGACCAGGAGGGUCUGGAUGUCUCCCAAACACCUCUCGAGCCCUCAAGGCUUCAGUUCUCCAACAACCUCUCCGACAGUACCACCGCCACACGGAGGCCCAAUGACCUUAAAGGGCUGACAGCCGGCCAUAUCAUAUCAUCUUUUGAACUGAAUGGGUUAUCAUCCGGUGAGAAAGAGCCUUUAGACUGCCCGACGAAGUCCUCCAAGAUCCCCAAUUCUGGGCUGGCCUUUGUGAAUAAGAAGAUGGUGGAGGUGGUGAACAUGUCAGUGUCCUGUGCCCCGACCUGUCUGCCAUUUUCUUCUGUUCUAAGAGACUCUCCGUCCGUCAGUGGAAUGUCCACUCGCCAGACUAUCUCACCUAUAACCCAUCAGCCCCUGGGCUCCUUUGGCAUCAUCUCUUCAUCUUCACUCAACCCCUUUAACACGGAUGAUGACACCAACGAACGAAUGCUAAAUUUCUACAAGGCCAAAGAGGAGCUGUUCAAAGAGUUGAGUUUUCAGGCCAGCUUGUACAGCGACCUUCCUUUCCUGGCAUCAGAUCUGCCCUACUUUCCCCCGGAGGAGGACGACGAGGAGUUUGAUGACGGCAUACACCUUGUGGUGUGUGUCCACGGGCUUGACGGAAACAGCGCAGACCUUCGUCUGGUGAAGACUUUCAUUGAGUUAGGGCUGCCGGGGUCCAGGCUCGACUUCCUCAUGUCUGAGAGGAACCAGAUUGACACAUUUGCAGAUUUCGACACCAUGACGGACAGGUUGCUGGAUGAGAUCAUUCAGCAUAUCCAGCUGUACAAUCUCACCAUUCGCAGGAUAAGUUUCAUCGGCCACUCUCUAGGGAACAUCAUCAUCCGCUCAGUGCUGACGAGGCCCCGGUUCCGCUGCUAUUUGCCCAAACUGCAUACUUUCCUCUCGCUGUCAGGCCCACACUUGGGAACGCUCUAUAACAACAGCACGUUGGUCAGCACAGGUCUGUGGUUAAUGCAGAAGCUGAAGAAAUCCGGAUCCUUGCUGCAGCUCACCUUCAGAGAUCAUGUAGAUCCACGGAAAACAUUCCUCUAUAUCCUGAGUCAGAAACCAGGGCUCCAGUUCUUCAAGAAUGUUGUGUUGGUAGCAUCUCCACAGGACCGUUAUGUUCCUUUCCACUCUGCAAGAAUAGAGAUGUGCAAAACUGCUCUCAAAGACAGAACCACAGGACCUGUGUACACUGAGAUGAUCACUAACCUCCUGGAGCCACUCAUGGAGGCCAAAGAGUGCCGGCUGAUCCGCCAGAAUGUGUUUCAUGCCCUGCCCAACACAGCCAACACCCUGAUUGGCCGAGCAGCCCACAUCGCUGUCCUGGACUCUGAGCUUUUCCUGGAGAAGUUCUUCUUAGUAGCAGGACUCAACUACUUCAAAUGA